CCCGUUCCCUGAACUAUACAGUUGCGAACCAUCUCUAAAUUUCAAUCAAUUGCUCGCUUUAACGCAUACAGUAAAUGUAUUACUAUAUGGGAAGAUAAAUACACACGCGCGCAAGCCCAGCUAUUUAAAAAGCGACGGUGUAAAAGACAGCUUUAAUCACUUACAUCAAAUCCAAUGUGGAAGCCAGACGACCGCUACCCAACCCAAAUGAUGUCCGGCCCCUCGAAGAAACUGCUCGCUAAUGUGCGAAGGAUUAUCCCGCCCAUGCUGGAGAAGUUUCAUAAAGGACAGCUGGGACGUGUUGCAGUUAUUGGAGGAAGUCCAGAUUAUACAGGUGCCCCGUAUUUUUCUGCAAUGGCUUCUGCAAGACUUGGCUGCGACAUGAGCCAUGUUAUCUGUGAACCAUCCGCGGCAAUCGUAAUAAAAUCCUACUCCCCAAAUCUCAUGGUCCACCCAAUCCUCCAAUCCUCCAGCACCCUCUCCUCAUUCGCCAACAGCCCCCUUUCCCCCCCACACGCCCGUGCGCUCGCAGAGCCCAUCCUCUCCUUCCUAUCCCGCCUACACGUCCUCGUCAUCGGCCCCGGCCUCGGCCGAGACCCAACCACGCAAGAAAUAGUCAUCGAGAUCAUCAAAGAAGCACGCGCGAGGGAAAUCCCCAUAGUCCUAGACGCGGACGCCCUGCUUCUCGUCCAGAACCACCCGGAUCUCAUCCACGGCUACGCAGAGUGCAUUCUGACGCCUAACGUUGUGGAGUUCGCGCGGCUGGCGAAAGCGCUGGGUGUGGAUGCGGCAUCAUCAUCAUCAUCACCACCAUCAUCCGUAUCGGACAAUGAUGCGGGCAAGUCGGCGGCUUGCAAGCGGCUGUCGAUUGCGCUGGGUGGCGUGACGAUUAUACAGAAGGGGCCCCAUGAUGUGAUUUCCAAUGGGAUUGCCAAUGUCAUCUGUGACGUGCGGGGUGGGUUGAAGAGGAGUGGCGGGCAGGGGGAUACGUUGACGGGAUCGUUGGGGACGUUACUUGCGUGGCGCAAGGCGUAUCACGAGGGGCUGUGGGAGACUGGGGAAUCUGAGGCGGAGGCUGGGAGGGAGGAGCUAUCUGAGCGCGAUGUUGAGAAGGAACUUUCGCUUGGUGGUGAGGAGAGUGGCGGUGGUGGAGGCCGGGAGGAAGGUGGUAAUCGGCAACAGAAGAAAUUAUCUAGGCCUGCAACACUUUUGUUAGUUGCGUGGGCGGGUAGUGCGAUAACGAGGGAAUGCUCGAGGAGGGCGUUUGUAGCGAAGGGGAGAAGCAUGCAGGCGAGUGAUUUGACGGACGAAGUGCAUGGGAGCUUUUUGGAUUUGAUUGGGGAGCCUGGGGAGGCGAAGCUGUGAGUGGUUCAUUGCAAGUACGCAUUCAUUUUCGGGUUGUAACGAUGUAGAUCAUUGUUUUAUAGCUCUGCAGGACCGGGAUGGAUGAGAUUUAUGUGAAAACGAGUGUUUUAUGAUGUGAAUUUCCCUACAUACUGAAAAUUGAAAAUGGCAGAGAUUGCUAAACAGGGAGAAGUAUGACGGGUAAUGAAGCGGUGUCCAUCAACCGCAAAACAUUCUCUAAACUACCCCAAAGAGUUACAAAAGGAAUGAAAGGAAACAUCAAAGGAAAAUAAACAGGAGAAAUUAUAUCCAAUCUAGUAUUAUAACUCGGGCCAUGAAUCUCUGAGAAAACCUGGCGUAUCCCAACACUGCAGCACUUGAAAAUGGGAGAAAGACAGGGGGAAAAUCAAAGGGGCUAAAAAAGUACGCAUGGAAACGAAAACUACCGCAGCUAGAUAUAAAUAACCCUGGCUACCAUAUCC